AUGCGGUCGGGCUGCGGAAGUUGCGGCAACUCCAGGACCUGGGGCACAAGGUUGUGCUUAUCGUGGGGAGACUGGACGGCACAGAUAGGCGAUCCCAGCGGAAGGUCUGCUACUCGCCCUAUGCUGACAGCGGAGCAGGUGCGCGAGAACGCUGCUACCUAUAUGGCGCAGUUCUUCAAGAUUGUGGACAGGGACAGGACGGAGACGCGCUGGCAGAGCGAGUGGUUCGGCGAUUUCUCGCUGACGGAUGUGAUUAGUCUGACGAGCCGGUUCACGGUGGCGCAGUUCCUAGCGCGCGACGACUUCGCCAGCCGAUUCAAGGCGAACCAGCCCAUAGCCAUAACUGAACUGCUGUACCCACUGCUGCAGGCGUAUGACUCGGUGGCAAUCGAGUCGGAUGUGGAGUUCGGGGGGACCGACCAGAUGUUCAAUCUGCUUGUCGGACGGGACUUGCAGCAGAUGAUGGGGCAGACGCCUCAGCAGUGCUUCCUGAUGCCAUUGCUACCGGGGACGGACGGCGUGCAGAAGAUGAGCAAGAGCCUUGGGAACUAUAUCGGCAUCGACGAGCCUGCAAACGAGAUUUACGGCAAGGCGAUGUCGCUGCCGGACGACCAGAUCGUGCCGUACAGCGAGUAUCUUACGGACAUUGCCGAAGAUGAGAUUGACGAGAUGCGGCAAGCACUGGGCGGCAGCUCAGUGAAUCCGAUGGAGCUGAAGAAGCGGCUGGCACGGGAGCUUGUGGCGCAGUUCCACGAUGCGAAUGCGGCGCGCGAGGCGGAGGGGCAUUUCGAGCGGACUGUGCAGGGGCGGGAGUUGCCGGAGGAUAUAGCCGAGUUCGCGCUGCCGCCUUCCGAGGAGCUUGCCGACAUGCGGUUGAGCCGCCUGCUGGUUGACGCCGGGCUCGCAAACAGUGCGGGCGAGGCGAGACGGCUCAUCGACCAAGGAGCGGUGCAGAUUGAUGGUGAGCGCGUCAACGAGGACUCUACUUCCGGUGUCGCAGCGGGCUGCGUGCUGCGUGCGGGUAGGCGGCGGUUUGUGAGGCUGGUGUAG